GCCAAAAAAAAAAUUGGCCCACAAUCAAUGCCAUGGCCACCCGCUGGCAUUUUCCUGUGCAGCUUAGGAAAAUGUAACCACGUGAGUCUAACUUGCGCCUCGUUAGCCGCAGAACCACUCGCCCUCGUAUCCAUCACCAGCACAGACAACACUUCUAUUUUAUCUUCUUCUAGCUUGCAAUUCUUGAAUUUUCAUUAUUUUCAUGGCAACAGUAGGCCUAGGUUCAAUUUCUUUCAGAUCCAGAAACCCUAGAAAUCCCCUCACUUCCAAACAACUCUUUCCAACUGAAUAUCCAAAAUGCACGCUUCGUGCUUCGGCUGAUUCCGCCCCGAAAGCGAAAUUCAUUGCCAGACGUAGAGAGUCCGUUUCGGUCCGGCAAGUCGGGCGCCCUCUAGUGGAGUAUAUGAGUUUGCCAGCGAGUCAGUACUCAGUGCUGGAUGCGGAAAGGAUAGAGAGGGUAGACGACAACACGUUUAGGUGUUACGUGUAUAGGUUCAAGUUUUUUGCGUUUGAGGUUUGUCCUGUUUUGCUUGUUAGAGUUGAAGAGCAGCCUAAUGGUUGUUGCAUUAAGCUUUUGUCCUGUAAGCUUGAAGGCUCGCCGAUUGUCGUUGCGCAGAAUGAGAAGUUUGACGCUUCUAUGGUGAACCAAAUUUCAUGCAGUAGCAACUCAAGCAACUCUACAAUGCAACGACUUACUUCAGAUGCAGUCAUUGAGGUUAGCAUCGAGGUUCCUUUUGCAUUUAGAGCCAUUCCAGCUGACGCGAUAGAAUCGACUGGUGCCCAAAUCCUUCAACAAAUACUUGGGCUUAUGCUUCCCCGCUUUAUGGCACAGCUUGUAAAGGACUAUCAAGCAUGGGCCUCUGGUGACACAUCAAGGCAGCCUCUUGGAACUGGUGAGAUUUGAGAUUUAUGGAAGGCAGCGCUAGCAGCAUUGUAAUUAAAUGUGUUAGUCUCCUCGACCCAGGUAUUGCAUGUUUAUAUUGGAAACAGGCAAUGAGAAUCCUGGCUGUUCUAUGUACGCUUGUGUUCUGUUUUCUUCUUGUUUCAGAGCUAGUCUUAGUUCAGAACAAACCAUGCGAUUAAUUUCAUACAAGCAACGAUUCUAUUUA